GUGUCAUCUGCUUCAAACUAGAGCACAAUUUGAAAAGUCAAUGAUGGCGGUUGUGCCAUAAUAAGCUGCUUUAUUUUCUAAAUAACUGCUAUAAAUAAGGGAAUCUGCAGGCUCCUAAUGAUUCUAGUAAAUUGAAUAUAUUUUAAUAGAAAAUCAAAUGUGUGAUAGUUGGAGAGGUUUUAAUUUGAAAAAAACAAUUCUUAUAGUUUCUAGAAAUAAGCACCUUAAACUGCUUUUCUGAACUGCUGUUGUGUCUCUUUGAUAUUGACAUUUGCUUUGUCGUUUUUACGCACAAAAAUAAUACAAAGAAUCAGGAAUUUGUAUUUGACUGUCUUAGGCCUUUAGUCUUCAAGUGACAGUUCUCUGAGCGUCCUCUGUAAAGGGAGCGCAUCAACCGCUUUCUUCCGCAUAAACGACAUUGCUGUAGGUCAGAUGGGUUUGUUGGUGGGGGUUCGGAAGGCUCUUGGCUCGGAGCUGUGGACCGACAGCCUGCGCGGGUGGAGGAGCAUCACGUUGAAAGAGAGGAAGAGGAGCUGAGAGUGUGAAGAUGACAUGAUGAGAUUCGCGGGGGGGAGGAGCCAAGCUGCAUCUCGGAACCAGGCUGCGUGGAGAGCAUCACCAUCCGAGCCGGAAGCCCGCGCGCGCUGAGCAGCCAAGCCCGCCGCGCUCCGUGACGGACCGCGCCGCAGACACCACCACCUGCGGGCACGGGGCUGGAGAGUCACCGUUUUCCUCCGCAGUUCUGCUCGUUCCCGUCGGAACCAGAUGUUCCAACCCGGUCCAGACCCGUCCUGUUUCACGCCGCCCGGCCCCUGCGGACCCUGAGCGGAAGGAUGCAGGUUAAAAGCCAGAUCUGCGCGGAGCGGAGCAGCACCGACGACCCGGAGCAGGAUGACAGCGAGAAGAAGACCUCGUGUUUUUCCAACAUUAAGAUCUUCCUGGUGUCGGAAUGCGCGCUCAUGUUGGCGCAGGGCACCGUGGGCGCGUACCUGGUGAGCGUUUUAACCACCCUGGAGAGACGCUUUAACCUGCAGAGCGCCGAUGUGGGAGUCAUUGCUAGCAGCUUUGAAAUUGGCAAUCUGGCCCUCAUCCUGUUUGUCAGCUACUUUGGCGCCAAAGCCCACCGGCCUCGCCUGAUCGGCUGCGGCGGGAUAGUCAUGGCGUUAGGAGCGCUGUUGUCAGCUCUGCCAGAGUUUCUGACCCAUCAGUACGAAUAUGAGGAUGGGGACUCGUGGCACGCCGAAGACGGCCGGGAUGUUUGUUCCAACAAGACCAGGUCAGAAAAUCAAGACUCUGGGUUUAACUGCGCCAACCGAGCCAACACCAACAUGAUGUACCUUCUGCUGAUUGGAGCGCAGGUUCUAAUCGGUAUUGGAGCCACACCCGUCCAGCCUCUGGGAGUGUCCUACAUCGACGACCACGUCCACAAGAAGGACUCGUCGCUUUAUAUAGGGAUCUUAUUUUCCACGUUAGUGUUUGGCCCCGCCUGCGGCUUCAUCUUGGGUUCAGUCUGCACCAAAGUCUACGUCGACGCCGUCUUCAUCGACACGAGUACACUCGACAUCACCCCAGACGACCCUCGCUGGAUCGGGGCCUGGUGGGGCGGCUUCCUCCUGUGCGGUGCCUUACUCUUCCUGUCGGCCCUCUUCAUGUUUGGCUUCCCCCAGGCUCUGGACGACCAAAUGGAGGCUGGGGGGGAGAGCGAGCAGGCCAUGCUGCCCCCGUCUCUGAGCAUGGAGUACCAGGGCAACGGCGGCUUUGACAUGAACAGCGGACUGUCGGUGUGGGAGCACCUCCGAGUGAUCCCGCGGGUGACCAGGCACCUUCUGUCCAACCCGGUGUUCAGCUGCAUCGCGCUGGCAGCCUGCAUGGAGAUCGCUGUGGUUGCUGGCUUUGCCGCCUUCCUGGGGAAAUACCUGGAGCAGCAGUUCAACCUGACCACCUCCUCCGCCAACCAGCUGCUGGGUAUGACGGCCAUCCCCUGUGCCUGUCUGGGUAUCUUCCUUGGGGGGCUGCUGGUGAAGAAGCUGAACCUGUCCGCUCUGGGCGCCGUCCGCAUGGCCAUGCUGGUUAACCUGGUGUCCACCGCCUGCUACGUCUCCUUCCUCUUCCUGGGCUGCAACACCGGCCCGGUUGCCGGGGUGACGGUGGCCUACGUCAAUGAGACGCUGCAGACGCGGCAGCCGCUCGAGUCGGCGUGCAUCAACAACUGCAACUGCUACACGGCGUCGGUGAGUCCCGUCUGCGGCUCCAACGGAGUCACCUACCUGUCUGCCUGCUUCGCCGGCUGCACCAAAGCGAACCUGACCAGCUGCACCUGCAUAUCCAGCAGCAGCGAGGAGGCUGUGGCUCUGCCGGGGAAGUGUCCGAGUCCUGGCUGCCAGCGGGCCUUCCUCACCUUCCUGUGUGUGAUGUGUGUGUGCAGCAUGAUCGGGGCCAUGGCCCAGACCCCCUCCGUCAUCAUCCUCAUCAGAACUGUGAGUCCGGAGCUGAAGUCUUACGCCCUCGGAGUUCUUUUCCUGCUUUUAAGGUUGAUAGAAAGUGUCUGCUUUGCUUCUGGCUGUCGUUCUGUUACUGGACUCUGUGAUACAAACGUCGAGGCGAUGUGUCACCUGCUGGGGACGGACCUCCUCAGACUGCUUCAUCCCUCCCCCCCUGAUCUUCGGGAUGGGAAUCGACUCCACCUGUCUGUUCUGGAGCUCCGUCUGCGGUGAGAAAGGAGCCUGCAUGCUCUACGACAACGUGGCCUACAGGCAUCUGUACGUCAGCAUCGCCAUCGUCCUCAAGUCGUCGGCCUUCGUCCUGUACGCCACCACGUGGCAGUGUCUGAGAAAGAACUACAGGAAGUACAUCAAGAACAGCGAGGGCUACCUCACGCCCACCGAGUUGUUUGCCUCCAACGUGACUUUGGACAAUUUGGGCAAAGAGAUCAGUCAGAACCCGACCAGCAGAACAAAGUUCAUCUACAACCUGGAGGACCACGAGACCUGUGACAACAUGGAGUCGGUUUUAUAGCUGCAGUCAUUCCCAUGUGAAGUGCUGUAAACCGUUAGAGCGUCAUCCUCAGCGAGGUUUCGAUCUCCACCACAUCCCAUCCUCCACAUUUAUGUCCCAUCGUAGAUCGGCUCUUUGACGGCAAGCUUGACGUCGACAGCAAUAAAGGAAGAGGCGGUCCUUCUCACAAACCAAAAUAAAAGUCAUCCGAGCCGAGCUUUAUU